AUGGAUAACUUACAAAAUUUAGAACAAGAAACGUUAAUAAUUGAUUUUAAUAACGAUUGGGAAUGUAAACAAUUUUCAAAACAAUCAACUAUCGAUCCACUUUUAGCAAUAUCUAAUAAUAUUCAGCCAUGGGAACCAUCAAAUUUCCCAAAUUCAUUAUCAAUAAAUGCAUCUUUAUAUCGUAAACAUUUUACACUUAAUGAAGAAUGGAAAGGAAAACAAUUCUAUUUAAAAUUAGACGGUAUAAUGGCAAAGUUAAGUGUAAAUAUUUGGUUAAACGAAAAACAGAUUGUCUAUAGGGGAUAUACACCGAGUUUAAUAAAUAUAGGAGACACUAUUCACUUUGAUAUUGAUAAUGUUAUUACAAUCUAUCUUAAUGGUACAAGAAAUUUAUCCAGAAAAGGUAAACAUGAGGCCCAACAGAUGAGUGUAAAUUUCAUAGUUACAAAUAUUAAUUCGAUAACUCAGUUAUACGAUCGGUUAACAGUUAAUAGUCAUGAUCGUAACGAGUCACUUAAAUUAUUGGAUUAUGCGACAAAUGUUACUAAUGAAGGUCGUAUUGAUAUUGUCUUAGAAGAUGAUGAUAUUUGGGGAAGUUUUUCAGAAGAUUUUUCGUUUGAAUUUAAAGAUCAAAACGAGACUAUUUUAUAUGGCAAAGAUUUACAGGACAAAGAUCGUCUAACACUUGGUCAAUACAUACCACAUAUUGCUAUUUGUAUCCUCGUUGUCGGAAGUCGCGGUGAUGUACAACCGUUUGUUGCUUUAGGCCAAGAACUGUUGAAAGCUGGUCAUCGCGUAAGAUUAGCGACGCAUGAGAUAUUUCGACAAUUUGUGAAAGAAAACGGUCUCGAGUUUUUUCCAUUAGCUGGUGAUCCUGCUGAAUUAAUGACGUUUAUGGUGAAAAAUGCAGGACUCAUUCCAUCAGUGAGCAGUAUCAUGGCGGGGGAUAUAGAAAAAAAACGAAAACUCGUAGCAGAAAUAAUGGAGUCAACAUGGCGCGCGUGUAUCCAACCAGAUGAAGAUAGUCUUUUACCAUUUACAGCUGAAGCGAUUAUUUCCAAUCCUCCAACAUUCGGACAUAUUCAUUGUGCACAAAAACUCUCUAUUCCACUUCAUAUUUUUUUUACAAUGCCGUGGAGUCCUACAGGAGCAUUUCCACAUCCUUUGUGUAAUGUUGACUAUCGAAAAGCUCCUGCAGCGACAAUCAAUUACAUGUCUUAUGGUGCUGUGGAAAUGUUAACGUGGACUGGUAUGAAAGAUUUAAUCAAUAAUUUUCGUAAAAAAACACUACAACUUGAAUCACUAUCAACAUCAAAAGCUCUUCAUCUAAUGGAAUCAGAAAAAGUGCCGCACACAUAUUGUUGGUCUCCAUCAUUGAUCGGCAAACCCAAAGAUUGGGGUAAUCAUAUUGACGUUUCUGGCUUCUUUUUCUUGGAUCUGGCAACGAAUUUUACUCCACCUGACGAUCUUGUCCGAUUUUUGAAUGCUGGGGCGCCUCCUAUUUACAUUGGAUUUGGUAGUAUUACGGGCGAUGACCCUGUACGUUUGACCAAUACCGUGCUAGAAGCUGUCAAAUUAGCUGGUUGUCGUGCAAUUAUCUCGAAAGGCUGGGGUGGUAUUGGCGAUGGUAUUGAAUUACCAGAAAAUAUUUAUCUCAUUGGAAAUUGUCCUCAUGACUGGCUAUUUCAACAUGUAGCUGCAGUUUGCCACCAUGGUGGAGCAGGAACAACUGCAGCUGGACUACGACUUGGUAAACCGACUAUUGUUGUCCCAUUUUUUGGAGAUCAGUUCUUUUGGGGCGCCAUGAUUCACAAGAUUGGUGCCGGUCCAGCUCCUCAACAUGGCAAAAAUUUAAAAGCAUCUAAGUUGGCUGAUGCAUUUCGUCUUGCUCUCGAACCAGAAACUCAACAGGCUGCUCAGCGUUUAUCUGAACAAAUGAAAAAAGAAAAUGGUGUUGCUGCAGCUGUUCGGUCAUUUCAUACUCAGCUUCCGUUGGACAAAAUGAUAAGUGAUCUAGAACCAAGUUUUCCCGCCUCAUUCUAUCUUCCUGACUACGAUCUGAAAAUCUCUCUUCAAGUUGCACAAGUCCUCGCGGCAGCUACAGCCAUCCAAGAAUCGGAACUUAGGGUUUAUCAUGUUAAAACGUGGGAAAUUCGUGAUGAUCAAGGUCAUUUACCUUCAUAUGGGAUUUAUAAACAUGGAACAAAAGCAUUUUCAAGUUUGCUUGUUGAAUCGGUUGAUGGAUUUAAGAAGGCGUGGAAUGCAAAGGAUUUAAUAACAGGUUCAACAGAAGCAGGAAAAGGGCUUGCAAAAGGCGUUGGUAAAUCACUUUUUCACACAUCUGUUGGUAUAUUUUGUUUGUAUGGUGAGGUGACUGAUACUCUCAGCAAACUUCCCUCGUUGUACGAUCCUUACCAUAUUUCGCGACCGCGUCCCGUUGUCACAGAUAUUAUGUCUGGAGCUAAGGCUGGUGGACUGGCUGCGUGGCACGGUUUGAAAGACGGUGUUCAAGAUUUGUACAAGAAGCCGUUAACAGGUGCAAAAAAACAUGGUCCCUUUGGUUUUACAGCCGGUGUUGUUGUCGGACUUGUUAAUGCAGGCUAUAAACCAGCUGUAGGUACUCUGAGUAGCUUAACAUGGAUUGGUAGAGGGAUUUACAUGUCGUCGAAAGAAGCUAUCAAAGGAAAGAAAGCUGAGCUGGUGUCAUUAUCAACAGUAUCACGUAGUCAAAAUUCAUCGAGAGAAGAUUUGUCAUCAAUAGAUAAACUUGAUGAUUCACUAGAAGGUUUAGCAGCCGUCAGAUCUGGUUAUACCAAAGAGGUAUGUCGUACAAUUUUACAGAAGUUUGAACAGAUAAAACUAAGAAAAAAACUCCAAACGCCGAUAAGAAGUAGCGUAGAAUAUCAACAUAAACAAAAUCGUAGUCCAGAGAGUACGAUUAGAAAUGUUCGUCCAAAACGAAGCCGAUCGUAUGCACCAAGUACAGGCAACACAGGAUAA